AUGUGUACUUACCGCCGAUUGAUCUGUUUUCUAUGGCCACGGAUUGGCAUAGUUGCUCACGCACGAGGAGCGAAACUCCCAUUGUAUUGCAGUUCACAGCUAGGGCUCGGGGAAAGACUACCGGGUGUUUCCCACGAAAAUGCUUUCAUUGUUGGUGCGCGGAUCGGCCACAGUGUUCUCAAUAUCAAAACUAUCGUCCCAUGCCGUUCUAAUGAUUACCACUCUCAGAUUGUUGAGGAGGCUUCUCAAAUCAUGGGGCAUGGUCCAAACUAG